CGAUGAUGCUAUUUCUCAGAGAAACAACUUCAUCCCUACAUAGUGUUUAUUAACUAGGCAAUUUGAGCACAUUAGGCCGCAUCGAUUUAUACCUCACUACUGAAGCCUAACCCAUAUUGAUUAUUUUCGAAUACUAUAGAUUUCAGGUCUCAAGAUUUUAAUUGUAAAAGACAGGAAAACGAAGCGAAAAAAAACAAGGCCAAUCCAUCUCUACCCACAAACGGUAGCACUUGACUGGAUCGUCAUCGCAUAACUGCCCAACUCCAUCCAAGCACAUACACUUGUGUAUGCGGAUUAACUCUCGACGCUUGUCAAUUGGCACCUUGAGGCCUCGCGCCAAUAUAUCGGAUACGAUCUUUUUAAUCCGAAGCCCACCCAAGUCCCCGCAUUUGCCCUUUAACAUCGUCGUCGUUCGGUGAAACUUAACCUUGGAAACUCUUGAUCCAACAAUCAUAUUUUAUAGUUUAACCGCCACCGCUUUACAUCCACUCUAUCGCCGUUUAUAUCCAAGCCCCAGAUGGCUAUGACUGAGACAUCCCCACUUCCUCCCAGUACUGAUCGUCAAGAACGCACAGGUCGUAGACGUCCUUUCUCAACAUGGGUCAAGAAACUCGCCAACUUCAAGAGUGGCGGCUCAUCCUCCUCUGCUACAGCCGCUGAGAGCAGCCGACGUAAUAGCCAUUCCAAGCGCGACACCACUCCCAAAGCCACUAAGAAGCGAUCCUCGAAGAACAAUAACCCAUAUCCACAAUCCGGUCGCAUCGGCAUCAUUUUACAACCCACUCAUCAGAGCGACCCGUCUUUCUCGACGUCCCACAGUGCCAGACUCUCGGAUCCUUCGUUAGCCCGAAGAAGCCACUCUUCAACAGGAACAUCCAAUGACGAGACCGUACCUCCUACUGCCGGUGGCAUAUCAGCGGCACCCACCAUGUCCACCGACUACGAAGCCGCCCACUCCCUUCAUGCUCCUUCGCAUAUGGCAUCAUCCGUAGCGGGCACCAGUCGCACCGCAUACGGGGGUCUCGACUCCCGAAAAGGAGGGGAUAGCACUUUUUCCUCUCCCGCUCCCUCGGUGCGCUCCUUAACAACUACGCUCACAACAAUACAAUCACUAGGCCCUAACGGCGCCGUCAACGGCCCACCCCAUGGCGGCCACUCCUCCAACCAAACCAACUCGAACUACCAGACCGUUCAAUUCACACAACCCUUCCCCACGAGUUCUCCCGCUUCCGCGAUCCCGCCGUACCUAGCACCAAACCCGGGGCCAGGCCAUCCCACGACGUACAGUACGGCCACUGCCAACAACCUACUCACAGAUAACGCAUCCAUUCUCACCCUCGCGUCAUCAAGUAAGCGCCGCCGCCGCCGAUCUAUGGACACCGACGCCUCGGUGCGCGCACUUGCGCCAUCAUCACUCUGGGGCGGCAGCCGCGAGUCACUUCCUCUUAGUGUACUAAGUGCCAACAUUGACGGCAGCGGUGGCCUUCACCAGUCCACUUCGCGCAUCGCCGCCGGCGAGCGUACAAGUAUAUAUUCCACCACACCGAUGCCCGGCGAGCGGAACAGUCUGUAUGCCCCUAACACCGGAAACACUGGGAAGCAGAACAUCGCUGGCGACGCCGCCAGUGUACGUAGCGGGCUCCUGGGCCACGGACGCGCGGAUAGCAUUAGCGGCAGUGUGGCUGGCGUGAGUAGCCCUCUUGCUUCCCCACGUGAAGCUGCGGAGAAGGGAGCCGUGGCCGAAGAGAGGGAUGAAGGAGCGGGAAUGAGCGCAGGAAUGAAGGACUAGAAAUGAGCACUGAAGAAAGCGGAUAUGAAGGAUCCGCGUAGUUACUAGGGAAGAUAACUAGUCGCAUCAGGGGGAGGGCAGAUCGCGUUCAAGAUGGGUCACUUGGGUCGUCAUCAUCGUGACCACCGCAAGAUAGCAUAUUAUCACGGUUCAAAUCCGUUGACGCAGUGUUUGGCGAGUUUAUCUAUUUUGGGGGUUAGCAGGGUACGAAUAAUGGUUUCAACGCGACGAUAAAUCACAUUGCACAACAACGGGCUACGGUAAUGGGGAAGGUGUUUUUAUUUUCCUGUUGACUUUCCAUUCUAGGGUGGACCAACAACACACUCAUCACUUGGCUCGACGGCCGUCAUAGGAAGGAUCAAGGCAUGGGAUUGGAGUGGCAAAUUAGAUACCCGUUUACUGAAUUUACUACAAGAUUGCGAUUUUGGGUUA